UGGCGAAAGACGAGAACCACGAAUUCCAAGCACUGUCACUUUUCUAACCUCUUUAUACUUGGAAUUUUUCGAAUUUAUUAACAAGUGGAUAUAAUAAAAGUGAAAAAAAUUAUUGUGUUUUAUAAAAUUUUCGACAAUUAAUAUCAUGAUGUCUCGGUCUGUACGCGCGGAAACUCGAAGUCGAGCUAAAGAUGAUGUUAAACGUGUUAUGCAAGUUGUGGACAAAGUCAGACACUGGGAAAAAAAAUGGGUGACUAUAGGAGAGACGACUAUGAAAAUUUAUAAAUGGGUUCCAAUUUCAACGCUCGAGCAAAAAAAGAAGGGAAAAACAGUGGCUGACAAGGAAAACGGUUUGCCAAGGAAAGGAGGUUUAGAUUCUUCGAAUUCGAAUUUCGGUCUUACGGAAGACUCAAAUACUUGUUUCUCAACAGUCAGUGAUUCUCAAGGAAUAACAGAAUUCUCAUCGCAUUUAGGAUUUUCAGAAGAUUCUAAUUCACAAAACAGUGAACCAACACCGAAACGUUUAAAGACUGAUUAAAUUAAUUCCACUUAUAUAUUUUUAAUAUAAUUAUUAAUUAUUAAUUAAUUAAUUAAUUUUUACAAAUUAAUUAUUAAUUUGCACACGUUGAAGUGUGUAAAUUUUGUGCAAAUUUUUCACGGGUAUUAAGGAGAAAUAGAAUAUUGUAUUUUAUUUCUUUUGUACGACCCCAUAAAUAAUGUAUUUAAAAGAAAAUUUCUGGUCGGGAAAAUUAUGAAAGAAAAAAAAUGCCACACAUUUGGAAAUUUAUGAAAUUUGUCAAAAUACCGGAAAAUUAUUCACGCAUCAGUGACUUAGUUAAUUAAUUGAAUAUAAUCGUCAAGAUUAUUUUGUGAUUGUAAACUUUAAUUUGUUUAUUAACAAAUUAAAGUGUGACAAGGAUUUUCAAUUUUUUUUUCUUGUUUGCGUUUAGUAAAUGUGUUUUCAGUUAAUUUGUGUUGUUUAGGAUUACUAUUUUCUAAUUUAGAUAAUCUAUAAUUGUAAAUAUUAAUUUGGAAUAAGUUCUAAUUGUAAUUUUAGGGACGAAUGACUGGAUUUGUAUGAGUGCAUUAAUUGUAUGCAUUUUGCUCGAAGUACAACAAAUCUUGAAUAAAUUUUAAUUAUAUAAACUAAAA